GCCUUCAGCAGUCGAACUUCAGAAGAGUUUGUUCGUCAGGUUAGUCGCGUUCACGGUGGCCUUGCUUGGAAGAGCAUAUUUCUCCCUGAAAAUAGUGAAGUCCUUGCAGUGAAAAUGGAGUUUCUUGAUCCAACAUCAGCGAUAAAUUUGCCGAACGAGUUAUGGAUUGAAAUAUUCAAGAAUGUCGACAGCCCUGACCUGCUCCAGUUGUCUAUGGUCUGCAAACACUGGAACCGACUGAUUUUCAUGUUCCUGGCACGGCGCUUUCAACUCAACUUGGAUUUGAGCGUGGAAACGUAUCCUAAGAAAGGGAUUCGGCUGGUUCCGGAUCGGGUCUAUAAGCGCUUACAUCUGACAUUAACCCAGCUGGACAGCUCAUUUAAAUCGAUGAGAAUCAUCCAAAAAUUGGCACCGAAUCUGGAAUCGUUGAAACUGAGCCUAGAAUACCUGGACAUUCCAGUGUUGAUGCAAAUGGUGAAAUCGUGCACUUGCCUACGUGAGCUCUACAUCAAAGGCCUCCAACAGGUUUUUGAUGUGUUUGGUUUAGUGGAUUUGCUAAACAUGGCAGUGCAUCUCGUCAGUGGCGAAACAACUUUGGACACGGACCAUAAGCUGAACAUCAUCGCUAAAUCAUACGAGCCAUGCCUUCUGGGUGCUGGGGUCAAAGGACUGAAGGAUGCUUGGCCGAUUUUCCCUGCAAUCACAACUUUGGGAUUGGACGCCUCCGUUAUGGACAAAUUUGAGAAGAAGUUUUUCCUCUGUUUCCCUAACGUUACAGAACUUGAAAUUGUCGCCACAUCGCACGAUCUGGGUAUGAUAGAAGGACUGGCCAACCGCUUGAAGGUUCUGAAGGUGAAAGUGUUCCAGGAAGCCGUGACUAACUUUUUUGCUCUGCGUCUGCCCACGUUGGAGGUGUUGGUCCUCAAGUUGAGCGCACGGGUUGAAAAUGACGUUUUGCAGCAAUUUUUGCUUGGUUGCAAAGCGUUGAAAACGGCCAUGUUCUCCUUCCAUGCGUCUGGAGAUGUGUUUCCUGCAUUGGUCGAGGGCCUUCCGCUGGUGGAAAGGCUUCAAAUAUCUGGCCAAACCUGUACCACACUGCUGGGAUUGGAGAAGCUGACGCAUUUGAAGGAACUAGCACUGCGAGGAUGUUGCGUUAGAUCGACAUCGUUCUACUUUGUCCUUGAACCGACCUACUCGGUGAAGAAAUUGGAAUGCAUCGGGGUAACUUUCGACAGUGGGGUGAGCGAUCUUAUGUACCGUUGUCAGUUCAUCACUAGUCUGACGUUGUCGGUGCGCUCAGUCCACAUCUACGGUAUGUCCCAUUACGCCGAAUGCCUGCAACUUGUCGAGGAGUUCACGCUCCUGAUCGAUCGCGUUUACCCAGUGAUCAUCAAGCAGAUGAAGGAGAUGUUCAACUUGGUAAAACUGGUCAUCAAGGCGAACGCCUUUUCCAAGACGAACUUCAAACUCCUGGAGAAAGUCAUCGUUCAACCGAGGAUGAAGACUCUGUUGGUGGAAGUGACUGAGCUAUCGGUUCCGAUGUACAUUGCGCGUAAGGUUGCAUCCGCAAACCGUGCCUGUAUGCUGAUCUUGAAUGGGGAAAGGGUGGAACCGAACGAUGUGCCCGUCCGACCGGUUGGACGAAAACGAAAGACGCUGCCCGCCGUGGUAAACGAACUGACCAAUUGAUUUGGUUGGCUGGGUUAAGGUGAAUUUUUGUUGAUUUUAUUGAAAGACAAACUAGUUUGUCCAUGUUCUGUGCAGUCUUGUUGCGUUAUGUUCGAAGAAACUUAUGAUUUCAUAUUCCAAUACUUAUGAUGUUAUUUGUGAUCAAUACCUUUUGAAGAGUUGAAUUUUAGUUUUUGACGUUUACACUACUAAUGUAGGUAGCAUUUUUGUUGUUAAAAACCACGCUCUUUGUCGAACUGUGAGCGUUCUGUGAAUAAAAACAAAAAUGAAUGAA